CUAUGGUUUUAGUAUCGAGAUUGAAUACUGGUGGCGCAAUACACGUAGCAUGUGCGGAGGGCGGAAUCCGUAUUUUCGAUCCGUAGAAUUGGUAGAAUAUAAAGAGCUGUUUAGUAAGAAACAUAUAAUCUUGAAUAAGCCUGUUGAAAAGUCAUUGAAUAAAGUGAUACCAUUACGCAGCUUAGAAGAUUUUAUUUGUUAGGUAGAUUUCUUUAAAUACUGCAAACAGAGGAGACGGUUUGAAGCAUUUAAAUCUCUAAGAAUAAAGUAACAUUACAUCAUGAUCAGGAAAGGCAUUUAUUUAUUGUUAUUUGUGCUCGCGCAAAUUGCAUUUGCACACGAGGAAGAUGUGCAUACCGUACAAUAUAAUGAAGAAACAUUCCCUGAGGAAAUUGUUAAGAAAAAUCAUUUUGUUAUGUUCUAUGCCCCUUGGUGUGGACAUUGCAAGAGGCUUGCACCUAUUUGGGAGCAGCUAGCUGAAAUGUUAAACGAAGAUGAAGAUAGUCAUGUCAAGAUUGCAAAGGUUGAUUGUACUACUGACAGCUCUGUAUGCUCUGAUCAGGAUGUUACUGGUUACCCUACCUUAAAGUUCUUCAAAGCUGGAGAAAGUAAAGGCAUUAAGUUCCGUGGCACACGAGACAUACCUACGUUGACUUCAUUUAUUAACGAGCAACUGGGUAGCCCUCCAUCAGUGGAUGACGAGCAAAUAACCAUACCUGACGCAAUAAACGGUUUGAUAGAGUUAACAGAAGACACUUUUGACAAACACGUGUCAUCAGGGUCACACUUUGUCAAGUUUUAUGCUCCAUGGUGUGGUCAUUGCCAAAAACUGGCUCCGAUCUGGGACGAGCUUGCCAACAGUCAUAGUCAUGACAAGUCAGUAAGCAUAGCUAAGAUUGACUGCACUCAACAUCGGGCAGUCUGUAGUCAAUUUGACAUCAAGGGAUAUCCUACCCUGCUCUGGAUUGAGGAUGGCAAGAAAAUCGACAAAUACACAGGUCAGCGUGGCCACGAAGAUCUUAAGGCCUACGUGUCUAUGAUGCUUGGCAAGAAUGCAGAUAGAACUGAAGAUAAGAAGGAUAACGCAGAUGAUACUUUAUAUUCUGUGUUGACCCUCACGGGUGAGACUUUUGAUCAGAGCAUUAAAAAAGGAGUGACCUUCGUCAAAUUCUUCGCACCCUGGUGCGGUCACUGCAAACGAUUAGCACCGACCUGGGAAGAUCUAGGGAAAAAAUUCAUUUCCAAUGAAAACGUAAAAAUAGUUAAGGUUGAUUGUACUUUAGAAUCUAGCAAGCAGCUCUGCAAUGACCAGGAAGUCGACGGUUUCCCAACUUUACUCUUGUACCGUGAUGGACAUAAAAUAUUUGAGUACAACGGAUCACGCACUUUCGAGGAUCUCUACGAAUUUGUCAUGCAUCAUCUUCAGUCGCACGACGAGCUGUGAUCAUUUAUACUAGUGUUAAUCAUCUUAUUAAUGUUACUGUACAAUAAUGAUGUAGUUUUAGGGAAUCAGAGCUCAUGGAGUUUACAGUUUAUAUUCAAAUUCCGUGGUCGCGUACCACUAAAUUCAUAAUCAUUAAUUCAUUGAUUUAACCGCGCUCUGGCGUUUUAUACCAUAAGCUCUUUCUAACUUUACUUCGAAAUAAACGAUUUUCGCAUUUCGAUAAACAUUUCACGUUUUCAUUAAUAGCUCAUUGAGUUUAUCGAAUAGUAACUUAAUAAUUGCAAUUCUUGUGAUAUUCUAUAAACCCCAACAUUUUCUAAUAAGACGGACAUAAUUUACUUGAAACUAACAGUUAUAUAGUACAUUUUACUACCGUUAUACUGUAAUCAAUCGUCUUUACUCAUUAACAAAAAUUAGACAAUUAAUCUUAUUAAAAAAUUCUGCAAAUAAUCUGAAA